AUGAAAUCCUUCUCGAGCAAAGAGAGGAAAGAACUGCUCAAGCGAUGGAACGAACGGAACGCUACGAACACGAAUACGACGACGAACGCGAAAACGAACGCGAAAACUUUACUGAAUUCUUCAAACUCUGACGGUAGUAUGUCUUUAAAAGAAGGAAAAGGAACGCCUCGUUGCGAUGAUGAUGCGGAGAAUGAAAAGCAAAUUGGAAAUUCGAAGACGUUUGAGUCAAGGAGCAGUCGAAGCGCGGGAAAGACGUCGACAUCGAAGGAUGAGUACGAUCGUGAUUUUCGCUCGAAAAAUGCAGACGUAAGAAACAACGGGAGUAUUUCGUCGUCCUCUUCUGGAGUAUUAAGGCAACGGCAAGAGGAAGCGCAACAGAAUGUUUUGAUGAAGCGGAAGAAACUGAGUAGCGAUACGGAGAACCAGAGGGGAACAAAGGAUUUUGCGCCGGAUGACGAAGAUUGGAGGAUGCAAUCGAGGAACGUUUGGUUGAGCAGCUGUUAUAUUAAUAAUAAGAGCAGUGUUGUUGUUGCUCCUACUGUUGAUGCGAAUGAAACGAACGAAGGAGUUGGAGCAGAUCCGAAUGAUUUUGAUGACGCCUUUAUUACUCGUCGAGGCGUCGACGAAGGAUUCGUGAGUAAAGGUCAGCAAAAAGAAGAAAGUGGGCGAGAAGAGAAUAUCCCAAACAAUAACAUCGCAGCAGAGGAAAGAAAACGCACGAACACCGCGGCGACGACUUCAUCAAAAUCAAAAAACCCGUCUUCUCGAAAAGGAGAGGACAAAUAUCUCCUCUACACGCAAGCGAUGGAACGUCUGGCGACGAAGAUGAAAACAGAAAACGACGAACAAAUAAAUCAAUCGAAACGUCUCGAAGAAGCGCAAACGAAAGAACACUUAAUGCUGAAGAAAUCUCUAGAAAAAGAGCAAAUGCUAAACAGGAGGUUGGAGAAAGACUGCGAGAGUUUGAAGGAGAAAAAAUUGACCGCGGCGCGCGAGCGGGAUCGGUUUUCCGAGCGAGUCUCGCGGGCGGAAGCGGAAAAGGAAAGAGUACUCCGAGAGAUUGCAAAGACGAAAUCGAAAAGCACUCAUCUCUUGAAAGAACACAAGUUUACGAUCGAAGCGCAAGGGGCAAUGCUGGAGCAGUUGCGAAGAGAAUUGGAAACGAGCGAGAAGAUGGCUUUGGACGCGGAGAGGAAGUGCGACGCGAUGACGAGAGAACGAAGCGAGACGGAGGAACGUUUGGCAAACGCCAGAGAAAAGUUGAAAUCGAUGGAGGAAAAAUCCACCGACCAAAAGCAAAACUCGAGAGCGAUUGCAAUCGCGCACGAGCAAGUCUUCUCCUUGACCAGAGAAUUGCAAGAGAAAAAGGAAAUAAAUGCAAAGAUGGAAGAGACGAACGCGAAAUUGCAAAAAGAAGUCAACGCUCGAAAGCGAGAGUUUGCGGAGAUUCAAAAACAGUUGGAAUCGGACGUGGAAACUGAACGAAGUUUACGAGUACACGCGGAAAAGAAAAUGGAAAAGAUGAUGAAAGAAAUGCAGUCGAUUGAAGAGGAAAAACGGAAACGCGUCGAGGAGUUACGAGUGUUGGAAGAGACUUUGCGCUCGAUUGAAGAGGAAAGAGACGCUUUGAAGAAGACGGUGAGUCAAUGCGAGCUUGAAAUCUUCAAACAUUUGCGCGUCAUCAAAGAACAGGAUGAAAUUGAAAAUGAAUGGAUUGAAAAAUAUUCCAUCGUGCAAGAAGAGAUCGAAGUGCGAGAUUUGAAGGCGAUAGAAUCGUACAAUCAGGUGAACAACAACAACUCUAAUAACGAGGUGCAGCGCAAAGCGGCGGAGAUUGAUCGAAAAGAGCAAUUUUUUUCUUCGAAAGCAUCAUCGAACAACAAUCACUCGAAAAUGUUAGCCGUCGAACGGCAGAAAGUGACCGACGCGAUGAAAGCGAAGAGAUAUUUAGAGAGGCAGUUGCAAGACGAGAAGAGAAAGUUGCAAGAGAAGGAGAAGAUGUUGAACGCGCUCGAGGAAAAGUACGCGGCGACGGCCAAACGCGUCAAUUCGGACGACACGAAAGCCGAAGAAGCGUUGAAAAUUUUGAACGAGAAAGUCGCGAAGAUGACCACGGAGAUGCACGAAAAAGACGAGCGGUUGAAAGCGAACGAGGAGUUAUUGCACAGAAUGCACUCGGAGAAGAAGAAGCGGGACGGUGAGCUCGAACGCAUGCGCGUCUCGUUGACGCAGAAAGACGAGGUGGUCAAAAAGUUGGAGGAUGAUUUGAAAUCAUCAGAGGUUCAAAAGGCCAAUAACAAUAACAAUAGUGACAACCAGCAACAACACGUAUUUAUGAUGAAGGAAAAAGACGCGACGAUCCAAAGCGCGCAAUCGAAAGUGGCCGCAUUGGAGGCGAAAGCGAAGCAAUCGAGCGCGAAUGAAGAAAACUUGCGCAAAGAGUUGGAACAGUUGCAAAAGAGCGAACGAACGGCAAAAGCGGAACGCGAACAUUUGGAAAGGCAGUUACGAAUGGCUGAAGAGAAAGAGAAGAAGUUAUCGGCGCAAGUGGACGCGAUGAGCGUGGAUCGGCAGAAAUCUUCCUCAAACGCGGCGGAGCUCUUCGAGGCCAAUCGGCGGUGUUUGGAUUUGAGAGCCAAAUGCGACGCGAAGGAUGAGCAAUUGGAAGAGAUGCGUCUGAAGCUCAAAGAGGCGAAAGAGUCGUACGAAAACGAGCAUAAGAAGCACUUACAAACCCAGGAGGACUGCGCGAUUUACCUUGAAGAUUUGCAAGAAGCCGCGGCGGAUGCGGAGAAGACGAUUUGCGAGCACCAAAGGACGAUUGAGACGAACAAAGAGGAGAUGGAACGGUUACAGACGAACUUAGCGAACGCGGAGAAGAAGUGCGAGUUAGCAUCGUCGGAAGCGCAGUCGUUUAAAACAUCUUUGGAGAACACGCAGACGGUGUUGAACGCUCGCGUCGAGGAAAUCGAACGUUUUCGCUCGCAAUCGACCAGGGAGAAAGAGAACAUGUCCUCGAAGCUUAUGUUCUUAGAAGAUGAAAGCGCGAGUUUACACUCUAAAUUGCAAGAGAAGCAAACGAAACUGAACAAAGCCUUGGGUGACAUCUCUAAGUACCAACAAGAAUCGGAACAAGCCAAGCGGCAACUGGACGCUUUCCGCGCGUCCAAAGAAGUCACCGAAGAGCGGUUGCGCGAGGAACAAGACAAGUUGAAAAAAUCCGAACAAAACUGCGAACAGUUGUCAGACAUGUUGAAAAAGAAUGUCGAACGACACGCGAACGUGUUGAGCGCGAACGAACGCAUGAAAAACAUGGAAAUUGAGGAUUUGAAGGACGCGUUGAGAUCGCUCGAGAGGAAAGCGUUGAAGAUCGCCGAGGUGGUGCACAUCGAUAAAGCGUUUUUCGAUGGGUUGGACGUGGAAGCGCAAGUGAUUGUUGAAGAUUUUUGCGCGACGAGUAAGAACGUGUCGUCGCCGACGCCGUCGAAGAUGAACGUAAACAAUGGUGGUGGCAAGACGCCGAUGACGGCGCCGUCGGCGAAUCGAGGGAACUUUGUCUCCGCACCUUCCUCACCCGCGGAUAGAUUUCAAACGCCGCAAACUUCCAUGCAAACAUCCUCGCGACUCGGCAGAACAACGAUUGCAACGACGACGACGUCUAAAAGUGCCGGAAAACCAGCACUCACAUUUUCGUCCGCUGGUAAACAUCAACAUAAAAGUCACGUCUCGCAACGCAUCUGGGGCAUGGUCUCGGAAGCGUCCAAGAUCAACGUCGAUUUACAAGGGUUAGCGGAAAGCGCCAAGAAACGAUUGCAAGAACAUCAAGAACAGUUGAGCGAGAAAAAGAAAAUCAACAACAGCGCGGUAAAAGCGUUGCGUCUCGACGUUGUCAACGGAGAAGAUUCCGGUCAAAAACCGAAACCAAAAGCGGGUACGCCUUCCAAGCGUCGCGUAUUACAACCGGUUCCGUUCAACGCCCAGUAG